AUGCUUAAAAUUCAGUCAAUUAUUAAACAAACCAUUACAGUAAGUAGUAUAAGCAGAAAUGACAAUAAUAUUUUACCACUAUUUGGUGAGAGCUUAAGGAAAUGUACAACUCAAAGCAAUACAGAUGAAGAAAAAGAAAGAGAAAUUGAAAAAAUAAAGAGAAAUGCAUCAUUAGAUGAACCACCUACUGCUUGCUGUAGGUCCGGUUGUGCAAACUGUGUCUUUAUAGUAUGGGCUGAAACCCUCGCUGAGAAAAUGGAAAGUGCUGGCCCUGAAAUAGCUGAAAAAAUAUUGAAAAUGGUUGACGAUCCAUCAAUGAGAGCAUAUUUGGAGCUUGAGUUGCGGAUACGCGGUUUAAAAAAAUAG